UUUCAUUUGGUAUUUCAUUGUUAAAAUUGAAUUCAUUAUUGGAAAUAAAUUCAUCAGAAUUGAAUUCAUUAUUUGAAAUAAACUCAUCAUUAUUGGAAAUGGAACAAAUGGAACCAUUGGAAUUAUUGGAAUUAUUGGAAUUAGAUUCAUUAUUGGAAAUAGAUUUAUCAUUGUCAGAGUUAAGUUCAUGUUUAUAUUUGAAUUGA